CUUUUUGCUUUUGGUCAGAUUGGCUCGGGCAAGACCUUCACCAUGGUCGGCACAGAGCAGGAGCCAGGGCUGAUUAUCACGGUUUGCGAAGCCUUGAUUGAGCGUGCACGAUUGGAAGGCCGAGAGAUUUCUCUGACCGCCUCCUACCUCGAGCUUUACAAUGAGAAAGUGCGCGAUCUCCUGCACUCCCCCGCCGAGGAGCGGCCACAGCUGCGAAUCCGCGAGCAUCCGACAGAGGGGCCUUUUGUGGAGAAUCUAUCACAGCAUGACGCUAGUACUGCAGAGAAUAUACGGCAUCUCGUGUUUCGGGGCCAGCAACACCGUCGAACAGCUAGCGUGGAUCUGAACGACAGUUCCAACCGCGGUCAUGCCAUCUUCACUCUCGUCUUACGCCAGUUUACCGUCAAAAACGGCUUGGAAGUUCAAACUACUAGCCGCAUCAAUCUCGUCGACUUGGCUGGCUUUGAG